GACCUUCACAAGUGUGGCAUAUUUAGACACCUACGUAAUGUCUGCCGAUGAAUGGACUUCCGCUAAAUGUCUGGCGAAAUAUACAUACCCACAAAUCGUUCGUAGAGAUGUUACUUGUGCCCUGAAAGCAUUUAAAGAAUUACGUCCCAAGUUCGAAGAAUUCAUCCAAAAUGAUGGAACUUCCCGGAAACUCGUGAGCUUGGACGGCACUAUUCCUGUCAGGUAUAUGGGUUCAACUUACAAUAUCCCCAUUGCAAUAUUUCUGUUCGAAGCCUAUCCUCAUAAGGCUCCCAUGGUUUAUGUGAGGCCCACAAAUACUAUGCAGAUAAAGCCAAGUGACUUUGUUGAUAGUGCUGGUCUUGUUCAACUGCCUUACAUGACAGAUUGGAAACAUCCAGAUGCAGAUCUAGUUGAAUUAAUAUCAGUGUUACAGGCUGUUUUUGGUGAGACAUCUCCAGUGUUUUCUAAAUCUACCAUCACAAAACGGCGAAGUUUAAAUCCUCCGUCAAAUCCCCAAUGCAUUGGUUCAAUGCCUUAUCCAGGUACCUUACCACAGCCUCCUAUUCCUGUCAUGCCAAAUGGUCAAACAUCCAAUGUGUAUUUAACUCAGCUUGGUACCGGAUGGCAGAUACCCGGUUCUGCACCCAUACUUCCCAAUAUACCUAUGCCUCAGUUGCCCAAUUUUGCUGGUCCUUUUAAUCAAGCCGCAAAUCCAAAUAUAUACUCUAUGCCAGGCCAAAAUGUUCCAAUGCCAGUAUGCCCGGAUGUUUCUGCUACAUCCAAUAUGCCAUAUAAUAUCAUUAUUCGGCAUGCAAAUGCCUAAGACAACUAUUCACAUGGCUCGCUGUUUAGGGAGAGAGAGUAACACGAACACACACGAAAAUAUCCACCACUGUUACUAUGUGCUCACAGUUUUUCAAAUUUAAUGACUCGCCAUCUUAUUAAAACACUGAAAUGAUUUCAUUUUGCACCAAAAUGUUCAUAGACAUGUGUAUAUAUAGGUAGUAUUCAUUAUUUAUAAAAUGACCUAUCAGUCCACAAUUCUUAAUUUUUGUUCACUGUUGAAUGUGAUUAUGUUAACAAAAUUAAAAUUAUGAAACGGUGUGUUGAGAAAUGAUAACAUUUUGUUUACCUGUAUAUUACACUCUAUGAGAGUACUCUACUGAUUGAUGUGUCAUACCAUCCACAAUCGUGGGGAAUCAAAAAAUGUUGAAUAUCUCGAACGUAUUGAUAUUGUAUUUUAUGUUAUUUUGCGUUUACGUGUUAGUCAGACCUAAGAUUUCUAUAUUGUAUAUUUGUUUAGUCUGCAGUAUAACACAAGCAUUUACUGGUAUCCAGGUUGGUGUUUCUAGUUAAGAUCAAACAAGAACUAUUCGAUAGAAAUCUUGAUUCACCCCAUUUUGUCAUUAAUAUCAAUAACUAUUACUACUGAGUUGUUGAAUUCAUUUGUGUAUCGUAUCAUGAUUCGUUUAAACGUAAAACAAAUGUUUCACUCUCUUUUGACUGGAAGUUUCGUGAAGUACACAUUUGAUUUGUAGUACACUAAUUAGUUACUUUGUGGAAAAUAGGAGGUAGGCUCAUUUAUUUUUGCUAGGUUUUCAGAAAACAACCAGUCUAAAAACAAUUGGAAGUUUUACUCUAAACUUAUUACUGCUCUGUAGUGAUAAUUGUCCUAGGAGUAUUGAGUAAUUCUUUACUGUUAUCUAGGACCUACUUGUAUUCACUUAAACUUACAUUAGUAGUAGUAUUUUGUUUCCUUGAGUUAUAAAAUACUAGAUCAAAUAAGAAACUGGAUAGUAAUUUGUGUAUCAAGCUAUGAUAUACACACUAUGGUGCAAGUGUCCCACCGUGAAUGACUCUGAGUCGUGUUAUCCAACGUCUCCAAUCACUGAUUACAAUCAUCACCUGGACCCCAAUCAGUUGGAACAUUUUCCAGUAAUUCAAUGUGAUGUUAAUUUGUAAAUUCAAGCCAGUUAUCCCAUUUAAAAUUUUCACAACAUUAUCUACGUAUCUUUAUGAAUUGCGACGGUGAAAAUCCCUGAAGCAUGCAGCUUUUCGUUGUUUCCUCACGAUGCUCCACUGCCU